AUGUAUGAGGAUAUUCAUUUACAACACUAAACUAAUGCAUACAUUGAAUAGAAGGAUCCAAUAGAGGUGACAGAUAAUACAGAAGAGAUUGAAUUUAAAUAAUUAACCUAUGAUCAAGCAUUAUCACAAGUAGGAUCAUCAGGAUACUAUUAAAAAAGAGCAUUCAUAAUAUUUGGUCUGCAAUGGAUGAUAACUACGUAUAGCCCUCUUAUUAUGAUAGAUGGAUUCUAUUUGCUCCUGUCUUCUACUUUAUAGAGCCAAAAGUUGAUUGUAAGAACGAUCUAAAUUGCUAUAAUGAAUGCUCUACACAUAUUUUGGAUGACUAAUGUCUUUCUUAUAUAUGUGUAAUCAAUUUCAAUAAUUUUAGGAAGAUUAAUCUCGAAUAGAAUUCCUUGUUGGCAAUUCCCUUAAUACAGCAUUCAAUACAAUAUUGUCUUGCAAUAAGACCUUACAAUCAAUUAUUAAAUCCAUAGUUUAUUUUGGCUCUCUGGCUGGAUUCUUUAUUUUUUCAUUCAUAGCUGAUAAUUAUGGAAGGAAACUCGCAUUGAUAUUAUCCUGGUCAAUAACUACAAUAGGAUCAUUAAUCUUAGCAGUUACUUAUCAUUUCUAAUUAUAUAUAGACUGCUCAAAAUUUCUAAAUGAUAACAGGUGCAAUGUUCCUUUUAGGCUUUGGAGGUAAUCCUGCCAUAACAGUUCAUUAUUCAUUUAUAAAUGAACAUUCCUGUAAAAUUUACAUUAACAUUAUUAGAAGGACAUUUCAGAGAAUUCCAAAAUGUUGGUCUUUAAGUUUUCUUCGCAAUUGGCGAAUUUACAUUCAUCACAUUAGCCUAUUAUAUGCCUGAUUGGAGAUCAUUAGCAAUUAUUGCUGCAAUACCUACAAUCAUGCUAGCCUUUGCUAAUUUUUUAAUACUUGAAUCACCAUAAUUUUUGUACACCAAAAAUAAAUCUUAAUGUGUAUAAACACUGAAUCAGAUAGCUAAAAUUAAUUCUAAGAAACCAAUAUAUAUUGAUGAAUUAAUCACAAAUCCAAAAUCUAAAGCCAAAAACUAGAAGAUGUACACAGCUUGGGAUCUUGUAAGAUACAAAUCUAUUAGAUAUAUAUUUAUUGCAUGUGUAAUGAUGUUUUUUGCAAUUUAAUUGAUUUAUUAUGGAAUCAGUUUUGUUAGUGAUUAAUUAGGAAUGAAUUUUUUCACUAGCAAUUACAUUAUAGCCUUUUUUGAAUUAACCGCAUAUUUAGUAACAGGUAAAUAUAUUAUUUAUUUUCGAGAUUUUCUUGUAACUAAAUUAAAAAGGAAAAAAAAUAUCAUUUUUGGAUUGAUAUUAGUUGGUUUGAUGAGCUAGUAUUUUUUAAUUCAAUUUAAUAAUUCUAUAUUUAUCAUAAUGUAAGGAGUUUUAGCAGGGGUAUGUUAGAAAAUAAUUAAAUUCUAGGUCAUGAGAUUUAUUAUUUGUGUGAUUUGGGCUUUGGCAUUUGUGUAUGUAUCUGAAUUAUUCCCUUCAGUUGUUCGCUCUUUAGCAUUAUUAUUAAUAUCUGCUGGAGGUUCAAUUGGUAGUAUUGUUCAAACCUUCUUGAAUAAUUUAUGUUAACAGUUUUAAGUCCAUCCCAUGGUUGUUUUUGGAUUAAUUGGUAUGUUGUGUGGUCUAUUGUUGCUACCUCUUAAAGAGACAUUGAAUCAAGGAUUGAUUGAGAAUAUUGAGGAGGAAGAAAAGUUAAUGAAUUAAUGCAAAUCAGUUAAUAAAUGUUAAUAGUCUGAUGAAACUGAAGAGUCUGGGGAAGCAGAUCAAAUGGAAAAUUUGAAUGAAGAAAGAGAGUGAGUAUUUAUUAAUUCAAUUUAAAUUAGAUUUCUCAUAAUAAAAUAAACGAACACUAACUCUGAAAAGAAGGAUUGUUGA